AGUAGUUCUGUGAGAAUAGGCAAAAUCGAAGUACUAUAAUAGAGGGGUUCUCUUAAAGCUAUCAUAUGAGAGAAUCCUUGUGAAAUAUCACCACAUUGCACGAUUCCAUGGUCAGAAUUCAGAGUGAAUAAUCGAAGAACCAGUGGGAGAAUUGCUAUAUUCCUAUCCUUUCAGUUCUGGUAAUGUCCACUAUGUUGUGCACAAAGAUGGAGCUCAAUCCUUUGAAAAGAACUCCUCCCUUGCCACCAGGGCCCCGGGGCUUGCCAAUCCUUGGAUACUUGCCGUUCUUGGGCAACAAUUUGCUCCACAAGUUCGGAGAUUUGGCAGGCCAAUACGGUCCAAUCUACAAGUUCUAUCUUGGCAGCCAACUAUGUGUCGUGAUCAACUCACCAUCCCUAGUAAAAGAAGUGGUUCGGGAUCAAGACUCGAUUUUCGCUAACCGUGAUUCUAACAUUGCAACACUAGCGGCAACCUAUGAUGGAAACGACAUAGGGUUUUCACCGCUCAAUUCCCAGUGGCGGGCCAUGAGGCAAAUAUUCGUCCGUGAGGUGCUCGGUAACAACAGUCUCCAAGCAUCAUACGAUCUCCGGAAGGAUGAAGUCAGAAAGGCCAUCAGAGAUGUGUAUACCAAUAUAGGAAAGCCGGUCCACUUUGGUGAACUAUCUUUCCGAACUGAACUCAAUGUCAUAAUGAACAUGAUGUGGGGUGGCGUUGUUGAAGAGGAAGAAGGCCAAAGACUGGGAGAAGAGUUCCGGGAAGUGGUCAUUAAGAUUGUGGAUUUGAUGGGAAAGCCAAAUGUUGCUGACUAUCUUCCAGCCCUAGCCUGGCUUGAUAUUCAAGGAAUAAAGAAAGAGGUGGAGGGUCAUAUGCAAUCUAUGGAUCGGAUUUUUGAGUACGUUGUUGCUAAAUGUAGAAAGAUGUUGGGAGGAAUCAAGAAAGAAGGAAAGAAGAACUUCCUUCAAGUCAUGUUAGAGCUACAAGAGAAAGAAGAUUCCGAGAUGUCAAUCAGCCCGAGGCAAAUCAAGGCCCUAUUGCUGGAUAUUGUAAUAGCCGGGACAGACACUACCGCAACAACAAUUGAGUGGGCAAUGGCCGAACUUCUGCAAAAUCGAAAGGCUAUGGAAAACAUACAAAAUGAAUUAUCUAAAGUGGUGGGAUUGAACAAUGAAGUUGAAGAGUUCCACAUGCCUAAAUUGAAGUAUUUGGAAGCAGUUAUCAAAGAAACAAUGCGUUUACAUCCGGCUAUACCCCUCUUGAUCCCAAGAUCUCCAACCCAAACGUCCACAAUCGGGGGAUACACAAUCCCAAAAAAGAGCAUGGUCUUAAUAAACUUGCCUUGGAUCCAAAGGGAUCCUUCUAGUUGGGACAGUCCACUGGAAUUUAAGCCUGAAAGGUUUUUACACGACAACAAAAAAUGUCAGUUCAGUGGUAACAAUUUCAAUUAUAUCCCUUUUGGAUCAGGGAGAAGGAUAUGUGCUGGCAUGCCCCUUGCAGAGAGAAUGUUGAUGUACUUACUAGCUUCACUUUUGCAUUCUUUUGAAUGGAAGCUACCAGAUGGUGAAACAAUCGAUAUGUCCUACACGUUUGGGGCUGUUUUGAGGAAAAGUACACCACUCCUUGCUAUAGCCACGCCCAGGUUAUCUGAACCAAACUUGUAUGGGUAAUAUGUAAGUAGCAUUUAUUGCCUUGUUAAAUAAACCAGGAAGUUGUCGUUGCUACAAGAUCAUAGGGCUUCCUGUCUCGUACACGUCUGUUAGUGUUGUGGACUGAGUUCCAAGAAACUCUUAGUUGAAUUUGAUUUGUAAGUGUUGUGGACUGAGUUCUAAGAAACUCUUAGUUGAAUUUGAUUUGUAAGUGUUGUGGAUUGAGUUCCGAGAAACUCUUAUUUGAAUUUAGAUUAAUUCAAGUAAAUUACAUAUUAAGUG